UGCCCGCCUUGCAACUCGAUUCAUACACGACGGAUGGCGUCCAGGAUUGCCACCAGCUCGCUUAGAGCAUCAGCAUCGCGAAUGCGACCCCAGGCGUUCGCCGCCAUCCCUCGGGCUCUCGUCGCCCGAGGCAUGGCGAGCUCGUCCAAUCCCCCGCCGCCCGCGGAGCGCGCCGCGCAACUCAUCGACAAGAUGCCCUCUUCCCCCGGUCUGAUCACCAAAACCGGCAGCGUCGUCCUCGGCACCGGCCUGCUCGCGGCGGCAAUUUCGCAGGAGCUCUAUGUUGUGGACGAGGAGAGCAUCAUUGCCGGCGGCUUCCUGAUUGUAGUGGCCUUGCUCGCCAAGAUCCUCCGAGAGCCCUACCGUGACUGGGCUGAGGGCCACAUUAAACGCAUUAGGGGCGUCCUGGAGGCGUCCCGCGCUGAGCACACGCAAGUCGUCAAGGACCGCAUCACCUCUGUCGAGCAGAUGAAGGAUGUAGUCUCCAUCACUGAGGGCCUCUUCGCUCUCUCCAAGGCGCGUUUCAACGAAACCGCCCAGCUCGAGGCCGAGGCCUUCGUGCAGCGCCAGAAGGUUGAGCUCGCAUCGGAGGUGAAGACCGUGUUGGACAGCUGGGUCCGUUUUGAGCAGCAGCAGAAGGAGAAUGAGCAGACAGAGCUGGCCAAGACCAUCAUUGCGAACGUGUACAAGAACCUUAGUGAGGAGAAGACGCAGAAGGAAAUCCUCUCCAAUGCUGUCUCGGAAAUUGAGCGUGAGUGCAAUGUGUCUGCAUUCACGUACAUCGUCCUCAUCAUGAGCCAUAGAACUCGUUAA